AAUAGAGUAAAUAAGUUAAAGUACUAAGAUCUGUUAUAUUUUUGAAGUUUCAUGCAUAAAUUAAUAUUUAAUGUAUUUUUAAUACGUAAUUUCAUGAAAAAAGUUAAAAAAAACUUGAAGAAAUACUAAAACGGAAAUGAAUUCAAAUCUGAAGAUGAUGAUCUAGAUAUUUUAAAUGAAGUAUAAGAUGAGGAAAGAUACAAAGCGCAUGACUGUAUAUAUACAAAUUUUUUACAAAGAUCACAAUCUGUUGAACGAAAUAAGCUUUUUAUAUUUAACAGAUUCAAUUGUUUAAUGAUAUAAAUUUUAGAAACAAAAUUGGUCCCCACAGUAUAGAUUUUUAUCAAUACGUCUUCGAAAUUACAUUCAAGAUCUGAGCGAUGGAUCUGGUGAAUCAGGUUACGGCCGGUGAAGCUGCUGUGGUCAAAGAUCCGGUUACUGAGGUGGUGCAUUUGUCUGACGUGAACUUGGACGCUCUCCUGGAGGACAUGGAGACGGUGUGCUCGCCCGAGACAUUGCUGGGUGUCUCAAAUGGAUUGCCCGAGAAACCAUCUGCGAAAAACUACUUGUGGUGCGCAAAGAAGAGCUCGAGCUCUCUGCAGUACCAGUCGACUAAAACAAACUCGAAGAUAAACAAAUCGUCUUAUAGUAAUUCGGACAGUGAUAUUGACUCCACCUGUGGAAUGGUGAACAUUCACAGCGACAGCAGGUUCAACAUGUGCGAAAACCCCUCAGAUCUCUGGUUCGGGCUGAAAAUGUCAGACGGCACUCCCGUCGUCAUCAACUCCCGAAACAAGAAUUUCAGGAGGCCUGGAGGGCCACGAAAACCGACUUUUCGUAACAAACACAGGCCCAGGUCCUUCAACGGUCCCAUCGAUUACUCCUCUGGUUUCCUAUCGAUUUCCAAAUAUAUAGGUGUUUGUUCUGCGAGAAGCGAGAUGUACUAUUCCGGGUCCUCUGUGCGCCGUCAGAAUCACGAUUUGAGUCCUAUUAUUAGGUCAAAUCACAGAAGCAAAGGCUUUUUUAGGAGGCCCAAUGGCCCGAGGUACAACUCGAAACUCCGCCAGGACUAUUUACCCAAGAAUAAUUCUUUAUAGAUAAUUUAAUUAGCUCUUGUUCAAUAUUUUAUCCACACUA